CGUCCUGCGUGGCCCAAGGUAAAUGUGUUUGUGCCGGGGGGCCGGGGCAGGGUAGGCCGCUGGCCCCCCCGGGCCGGGGGCUCCCCCGGGCCCCUCUCCAGACCUAGCCAGGAGGUCCCGGAGCGUUGCUCUGUCUGGGCUCUGUUUACCUGCAGCGGGACAGCGGCGGCAAACACCGACCCGUCACCGCCGGCGCCGGCCGGAGCGCGGGUGUUGAGGCGGCUCCAGGCGGCACGGCCGAGAUCCGUCCAGGUCCCCACGGGGCCGAGCAGCCCGCGCUCCCGCACCGGGGCCACCUGCUCGGGGCACGGCAGGACCGGGGACGCGCUGGGACUGGGGAAACGUCCCGGGGGACGGAUGCCCGGCCCGCUCCCCCAGGGUCGGAACGGUCUAGCUGCCCUCCCCGCUCCGCCCGUAUCCGCCGCCGAGCCGAGCCGGUGCCCGGGAGCAGGGCUGGGCGGGGGAGACAAACGGCGGCGGCCCCGCAGCUCCCGGGAGCGGCCGUCGGUGAUGCGGCGGGCAGCGCCGAGCACUCGGGCGGAGCGGGGGCACCGGACUGCCCCCCCCUUGUGCCGGCAGGAGGAGCGGGGCGGCGGGACGCGACUCCGCGCCCCCGGUCCCUCCCCCCGCCCCGGUCCCUCCCCCCGAGCCGCCACAGCCGCCGCCGCCGCGGCUCCGGCAAAAGUUUUCGCCGGAGCGACCGAGCGCGCCGGUCUCGGUCCCCGCCGGCUCCGAGAUGCGUCCGGGAGCUGCCGCGAGCCCAGCCCCGAGAGGAUCACCCACGUGCCAAGGCCGUCACCACCAGGGUGGAGAAGCUGCGGAGGGCUGGUAGGAAGCCGGGCACCCUGCACUGCACCCCAUGCGUGUGACCCAGAGGAGGGAUGUCCCAGCCACAUCUUCUCACCCUCCCACUGCUGCUGCUCUGCUGCCAGCAGGGCAGCCCCUGUGGGCAGGAUGCAGGUGACAGGUGACACUUCCUGGUGCCCCCAGGGCCCCUCUGCCCAGAUCACGGAUAACCUCUUCGAGAAAUGGACUGCGUACAGAGAGGAGUGCCAGCACAACAUGAGCCGCCUGCCUGCGCCCACAGAGCUGGUCUGUAACCGCACCUUUGACAAGUUCUCGUGUUGGCCUGACACUGCACCCAACAGCACGGCCAGUGUGCCCUGCCCCUGGUUCCUGCCCUGGUACCACAAAGUGAAGCACAGACACGUCUUCAAGACCUGCGGGCCGGACGGGCAGUGGGUGACGGGGCCGCAGGGACAGUCCCUGCGCGAUGCCACACAGUGCCAGCAGGAUGAUGAGGAGAUAAAUGCGCAGGAAAAAUUUGCCAAGACCUAUGGCAGCUUCAAGGUGAUGUACACCGUGGGCUACUCCAUGUCCCUGUGCGCGCUGCUGCUCGCCCUGGCCCUGCUGCUGGGCUUCAGCAAGCUGCACUGCAUGAGGAACUAUAUCCACAUGAAUCUCUUCGCCUCCUUCAUCCUGAAGGGUGUCUCCGUGCUGGUCAUUGACGCCCUGCUCAAGACCCACUACAGCGACAAGAUCGACGGUUACAGCGUGCAAGUCUGGCUGAGUGAUGAGGCAGCCGCAGGCUGCCGGGCAGCCACAGUUUUCAUGCAGUACGGCAUUGUGGCCAACUACUGCUGGCUGCUGGUGGAGGGCAUCUACCUGCACAAUCUGCUGGUGGUGGCUGUUUUCUCCGAGAGGAGCUACUUCACCCUCUACCUGUGCAUUGGCUGGGGGGCACCUGUGCUGUUCCUCAUCCCCUGGGUCGUUGUGAAGUUCCUCUACGAAAACAUCCAGUGCUGGUCAACUAACAACAACAUGGGCUUCUGGUGGAUCCUUCGCUUCCCUGUGUUCCUGGCCAUCCUGAUCAACUUCUUCAUCUUCAUCCGCAUCAUCCAGAUCCUUGUCUCCAAGCUCCGUGCGCACCAGAUGCGCUACACUGACUACAAGUUCAGGCUGGCCAAGUCCACGCUGACGCUGAUCCCGCUGCUGGGCAUCCACGAGGUGGUCUUCGCCUUUGUCACAGACGAGCACGCCCAGGGCACACUGCGCUAUGUCAAGCUCUUCUUCGACCUCUUCCUGAGCUCCUUCCAGGGGAUGCUGGUGGCCAUUCUCUACUGCUUUGUCAAUAAGGAGGUGCAGGCAGAGCUGUUGAAGCGAUGGCAGCGCUGGAAGCUGGGGAGGGACCUGGCUGAGGAGUACAGGCACACCUACAGCCACGCACCCAGCGCCCGCAAUGGCGCCGGCAGCGCCUGCGAGAAGCACCAGCUGGUGAGCGGCUGCACCAACGGGCUGGGGCACAGCCUGGUCCCCCACCCCGGCUCCCACCGCCCCGAGAGAAGCGGGCGCGGCACCGCUGAGCACCUCGCCCUGGGAGAUCGCCACCACUGCUACGAGUUCCCCGAGACCACGGCCGAGAGCCACUUCUGAGCCCGCGGCCAGACGGGAGGGCUGUGCUGAGCCAGUGGCGUGCCGUCGUCCCCUGCCCUGUCCUCCCCAGGCGCCGGCAGGCACCGGGACCCGCCGGCCCGGUGAGGGUGCUGCGCUGAGCGCGUGGACAAUGGACACAAUGGGGCAGGCGAGUGGGACCUGGACCUCGACCUCUGGGGUGGGAUCUGUGGGGCUGGGGGGGCUGGGGGUAGGAGUUUGUCCUGUGGUGCUGCCCUCGUGCGCCUUUGAGUCCCUGUGCACAGUGCUGUAAUUUAUCUGUCCUAUCUGUAAAUAGGUGUGGGCCCGUGCCGGGCUGCAGGGCCA